AUGCCGGCGCCGCCGCCCCCGAGGCCCUCCCCGCGCCGCCACCACCACCACCACCCAGCUUCCGCCAACCCCACGCGCCACCGCCUCCACAUCGCCCGCUGCUUCCCGGACCAGCUCCCCAAACCCCCAUCCCCGUCCCCAAACCCGCUCCUCUCCCUCCUCACGGCCGUCCCGGACUGGGCGGACGCCGUCUCGGAGCGGCGCAUCCAGGAGCAGCGCCCGCUCUACACGCACGACCAGUGGCGGGAGCACCGCAGCUCGCUGCGGCACCUGCGGCACCUCCUCUCCUCGCUCUCCUCCCGUGUCAUCCUCUCCCUCGUGCCGCCCGUCUCCGCCUUCACCGCCUUCGCCGCCGCCGUCGCCACCUACAACACGCUCGCCCCGGACUACGCGCUCACCGCCUCCUCCCUCCCCUACCAGCUCACCGCCCCCGCGCUCGCGCUCCUCCUCGUCUUCCGCACCGAGGCAUCCUACGCGCGGUUUGAUGAGGGGCGCAAGGCCUGGAUGCGCGUCCUCGCCGGAGCCGCCGAGCUUGCCGGGAUGGUCAUGCAUCGUGGUGGAGACGAGCGUGGGGACGAGGAGACCGGGAGGGGCGCGCUCCUCAACUACAUCCUCGCAUUCCCCGUGGCGCUCAAGUGUCAUAUAACCAGCAACUCUGACAUAAGAAAAGACCUUCAGGGCUUGCUCUCAGAGGAUGACUUGAAUGUCGUUCUAAGCUCAAAACAUCGACCUCGUUGUAUCAUUGAGUUCAUUUCGCAGAGUCUUCAGAUGCUAGAUUUUGAGGAACAUAGGCGGAGCGUCAUGGAGUCUAAACUGUCUUAUUUUCUUGAAGGAAUCUGUGUCUGCGAGCAGAUCAUUGGGAUUCCUGUUCCUCUGUCGUACACUAGACUUACUUCAAGGUUUCUUGUUCUGUGGCAUCUUACUCUUCCAAUAAUACUGUGGAAUGAAUGUAAAUGGAUAGUCGUUCCAGCUACUUUUGUCAGUGCCGCCUCUUUAUUCUGCAUUGAGGAAGUCGGUGUUCUUAUCGAGGAGCCAUUCCCCAUGCUAGCCCUUGACGCGCAGUGCAAGCAGCUCCACGACAGCAUGCAUGACAUGAUGUCGGUGCAAGAUUCGGUUCGCAAGCGACUGGUUGCCAAGACCAAGGCCCGCAGACGCGGUAGGCUUCCACAGAAUGGCUGGCCUAGCUCCAAAGUUGAGCAAGUGAAGGUCGAUUGAGCUGGUAGCGAAUUAUUCAGGAAUGGCAUUCGGAAGCAACCAAGUUGUUCGUUGUCUGUACCAUGCCUUAAUUUCUAGUGCAGUCCCACUUCCAGAUAGAGAUGAUGUGCAACGAACAACGACUUUACAGGUCCAUUUGGUGCAUUCGUUGUGGCUAAGUGGGGGAUGGGGUAAACUCAGCGAAGUAGGAUGAAUGAAGUGGUGUGGUGAGUGAGUGUUGUAGUGUAGUGCAGCUACUGGUCACUUGAGUAGGUAAGGUGUACAAGCAGUAGCAUCUCGUGCAUCUACAAUAAAGAGGGAUGUAGCUCUACCGUGGUUUGUAUAUAGUUUUGGUGAGCUAUGCCUAUGUGUAUCUGUGGAAGCAAUAUUUAGCGUACUGAUAUUCGUAGGAGUUACUUUGUGUUGCGUGUACUAUCAAGGAGUAAUGGUUAACUGGUUCA